AUGGGUGCUUUGCCCAAAUGUGACAUUUGCCUGUACCAUCACUCGGGUCAGUGCAGGUUGAGGAAAUACGAGUUUUGUGGUAAGGAGGGCCAUUCGAAGAAUACUUGCUGGGUUGGCACAGGUGUUGGUCGUGGAAAAAAUGGUCAUAGAGGUUUUGGUAACAACAAUCGCGGUGGGAACGGAAAUGGAAACCGCAACGGCGGAAAUACUAAUCGGGGAAAUGUUGGAAACCAAACUGGGAAUCGGGGAGCAAACAAUGAUCAAGGUGAUAAUGGUAACAUACUAGGACUGGGAUGUUUCAACUGCGGAGAAGUCGGACACUUUAAAAAGGAAUGCCCAAAGCUCAACCAAGCUCGUGGAAGGGUAUUCAACAUAGGGGCAAUGGAAGCACGCCAGGACCCGAAUGUUGUCACUAGUACGUUCCCUAUAAAUUAA